AUGAACUUGAAAGUGACAGGCAUCAUGGCUACUGGGACGAAGAUGCUUCAUUUUAAACAUAAACACCUGACUUUCAAAGAUUCCCUUUGCUUCCUGAAUAUGCCACUGACCAAUUUUACCAAGACCUUUGGAUUGAAAGAGCUGAAAAAAGGUUGGUUUCCACACAAGUUUUCCAAGUUAGAAAAUUUGGACUAUGAAGAUCAGAUUCCAUCCCUUCAGUUUUUUGAACCAGCUCAAAUGAAUAAAGAGAAGAAAGAAGAAUAUGAAACUUGGCAUGCAGAACAAGUGAUAGAAGGAAAGAUUUGGAACUUCCAAACAGAAAUGUUAGAAUAUUGCAAAAGUGAUGUCAAGCUGUUGAAGGAAGGUUGCCUCAAAUUUGCAAAGAUACCAAGCGAGAUGCAGGGCUCAAUCCACUGA